GUGUGAGGAGUACCGCGAGGGCGCCCUGACUGGUGACCUGUGCGAGGACCUGUGCCUGAGCGGCCAGGUGGAGUACAAGCGCUGCCUCUACUACGAGAAUGGCAAGAAGGUGAUCGAGGCUCGGUGGCGUGGCACGCACGUAGUGCUCAAGUCCAAGCUGGAGAACUUCUCCUCCUACGAAAGCCUGGGCCUCCUGGAGUACCAGGACCCGGCCGAGGAGCUCGCUCCCCUGGACGUGGUCUUCUACGCCACCCUGGAGAUCAGGAACUCCCUGGGGCUGGACAUGGGUGGCAACGCCUCGCUGCCACCUCUGUGGGGCCAGAGGCUGAGGGAGCGCGGGCGGCCCUACUCGCGGGCAGAGCUGGCAUCGCUGUGGUCCCUGCUCCAGCAGGAGGAGUACAUCUUCCUGAGGGUGCUGCAGGACCUCAGCCGCCACGUGGCCAAGGUGCUGGGUUCCUGCGGACACUUCUACGCAGUCGAGUACUUGUCAGCGGGCCACGCCUGGGACCAGAACAUAUUCUCUCUGGAGGAGGUAUCGGCGGGCCCAUGGACGGCGAGGGACAUGGUGCACCGCAUCGCCCUCAGCUUCCUGGACAUGGCGUGGCGCUUUGACAAUGACUUCUCGCACCGCCUCCACCUGUGCGACAUCAAACCAGAGAACUUUGCCAUCCGGAAGGACCUUACGGUGAGCUGACCACGUUUGCACACACACACAUAUGAACACACUCACACACAGAGUACACCUAUAGACACACACGCAUAUGCUUCAAAGCAAUAAGUUGCUGACUCUUUCACACAGGAACGCUAAUACAGCAUGGAAGGCUUGUUUGGAGGGAAACCUGUCAUUAAAACUGUCCCAGAGCGGCUGCUGGUUACCCCUCACAGAUCUGAGAUUUGUUUCUCUUUAGUGGGGGAGUUCAGAUUCUUUCUGUGUAAACAAGAAAAGGUCAGAUUUAGCUCCCUUUUUUCACAGUAAGACAUUUAUUUAUCCAUGCAAUACUGCAGCACAUUGAUUCGCAGAGUGCAAACCGUUUGAUGAGAACAACGCGCCAUAUGAAGAAUGACGAGGCGCUAAGUUGUUUAAUUGUUUCCCACAAGGACAAAAACAGCCGGUUGUGCCAUUUAUCACAAUUAUAUUACUUUGCUUUUUAAGAUGGAGGAAGCCCAUGAUCCAGGCAACACACAGAGGAAUAGGAUUAGAGAUUUAUUUAAAUAUGCUUUGUGGGGAUACCCCCUAUGCAUUCAACAAAAUAAGUUUGUCUGAGUUUCACCUGAGUUUCUCUGUUUGAAACCUAUGUAUCUUUGGCUGACUCUGACCUAUCAAGGACUGAGAGCAAGGUGCAUAUACACCUCACGUUGCAUUUUUGUACCCCAAUUGUGCCAUCAGUGUGCCAAUAAUCGGUAUAAAACGUGUUGUAUUUCUGCUGAUGGGUGAUUCAAAGCAUAGAUAGAAAUCCAAAAUGAACUUUCUGAGUACCCUAGAUGAGACAAGGGGGGAAAAAAGGUAACAUCAUUAACACAAAAGCAUAGUGUUACAAUAGAGGGCAUUACGAUUUAUUAACAGUCCUCUCUGUUGGCACCAUUUUCAUUUGAUUUCCAUAAAAAUGAGAGAAACUUGCCAGGGCCAUAAAGAAUAAGCUGUUUGAGCAAUCAAUGAAAAACAUAUAUAUUAUCUUUAGAGUACGCCAAUUGCUCAUGUUGGCGGCGGCAUCCGAAACUGGAAAACAUUAGUUUGAUGAGGCCCUUGAUGAGAUAACCAUUGUUAUAGGGACACCAUUUAGUGUGCAAUGUGCGUAACAGUUAGCAUGCCAAUAUCCUAAUUACCCUUUGAAGUAAAAGAGAAACAUGCAAGAAAAAAGAAAGAUGGAAGCUUGUAUUUGGCUUGUGAAUGUUCUGACGAAAAAACAAUUGGGGUCAUGUUUUUUUCUCUGUGUAAUUGCGGGUAAGUUUACACUUUUUUGAAAGCAUAGAAAGUAAAAAGAUGACACUGUUUGAAAUUAAAUAUAACAUUAUCAUCCCUAUCAUGGUUUACAUAAACCGUGAGCUCAUUUGAUAGUGUGGACAAAGACCAGGAGAAAGGAGAGGAGUCCAAAGGAGGCUUGUUAUUGUCUACAUUUCUGCUGCUGCGUCAAUAAAAAAAAGUAUCCUUUCAAUCCCACCUUUCUUUUUGUUUCAAAAGUACAUGUAUAUAGCUCCAGGUGAUACUUUGUUUUUUACCGUGCAGCUGAUCCCUGCUUUAGUUUUCUCAUGUGAUAAUAAACAGAGGAAGGGAAAUCUCUAUCUAUGUUAUAUACUGGGGGGUAUAUAGAGAGGGUAGAGAGGGUGUAUUGUGUAUAUUAAAUGUUGGUGGGGUAUACAGUAUAGGGGCUAUAUUGUAUAUUAAAAGUAUAUUGGGAGUAUAUAUUUGGUUGGCUUGCGUCGUUGCAUUAUUAGUAGUGAGUGAUACAUAGAGAGUAUACCAAUUAUUAUCAUGUCUGUCAGAUCUACAGCUCCUUAAAACGCUAUGCUGAUUUGGCUGGACAUGAUGGAUGAGUGAAGAGCAAUGUCGAGAAUACCAUCUCUUAUUUUCACUGAUCACUAAGGGCUCUAUUCAGUCUGUAUCGCUGAAGUGUUACAGAUUGCGUGCUAGAAAUGUAAAGGUAAUUUCCGAUUGAGCCGACAUACCGUGAAUGCAGUCUCCUCGACCACGGAAACAUUGCCUUUAAUUAUCAAUCACGCUAUAAAGCUCAACUUCCGCGAUACGGAUUGAAUAGAGCCAUUAGACUAUCUACCUUUCAGAGUUCGACAUUGAGAGGUUUACAUUUUUUGGGUGUUCUGACAUGUUUGCUACAAAUCAGCUGUAGCUGACAUGAAGUGCUGUGGUGGAGUCAUUCCUCAUGGGCCAUCACUUAAGCAAAGAGGACGACGAUAUCAAGCCAUGCAGAUGAAACAGCAUCCCAACUCCCUUAAACAGACGCAUGUUUGUUUUUUUACUGUAUAAUUCCAUGUCAAUGAGAUUCAAAAUAUCUCCCAGAGCAAUAGUUGCAAUGUGGUUAUUCUUGAUUUAUUCCUUUCUCUUAAAAAAUGUAGAAGAACAAGUGGUGAAGGUAUAGGGAGAUAGAUGAAAGGGGGAAAGUAAGACUGAAAGUAGUGAACGUAAAUGAAGAUACUGAAAAUAAAUGAGGCUAUAUAAAAUAAAUGUGAUUGAUUGAUACGGGUAUUAAACCCUUGCCUGUGGGGUCAAUGUGAGCUCCGAAGUUGGCAGCAAUGCAACUCGAUCAGACUCCGGCACUUACGCCCUCUCUCUGUGCUGUUGUGCAGGUGGUGGCUAUAGAUGUGGACAUGGCUUUCUUCGAGCCCAAAAUGCGAGACAUCCUCAAGCAGAACUGCACUAAUGAUGACGACUGCAACUUCUUUGAUUGCAUCUCCAAAUGCAACAUGAAGACGAACAAGUGCAGCUCAAAGCGGAGAAAUAGCAACCUGCAGGUAAGUGUGAUUGCAUCGAAAUAUGAACGGUAUUCCAUAUUAUUUUCAACUCACUCUACAUCUCACCAUUAAGUAAGUUAUUCAAUUAUUGGGUUGGUUGCUCCUCUCAAGAGCUAUACUAGAGUACUCAACUUUUAAUUACUUUUAAUUAUGAAUGUGUAGUUGAGUGCUGCAAGGACUGUUAAUUGCUUAUGAUAACACUAUUGAAUUUCAGAGCAUGAUUAUAAUACAAGAAGCAACCCCAGGAUAGAUAAGACCUCAAGAGACCAUUUCCCACUUUCGCUGUAAACACAGCAGAAAUCACUUUCGCUGUAAACACAGCAGAUGUCAGCUUAAGCAGAAAUCACCUUUACGGCCGGGAUUCAAUACCAUCGCGUUUUGUCAGCGAAACACAUUUUAAAUGCUAUGUUUCCGCGUUUGCGAUCGGUUUGAAACCCGGUUUGAAACCCGGCCUAAAAGGCAAUGCAGUACAAAAGCGCAACAUGACUGCAAAAGAGACAGGUUGGAAUGUCUGACAGAAAUACUGGACAAAUUAACCUUUUUUGUAAAUUAGUGGUGUUUGAAUUUGUUGAUAAAAUGCAGGACAUGAUUGUUUGGUUGCGGGACGCUGGACAAAAGGCAAGGUCCCGCACAAUCCGGGACAUGUUGUCACCCUAGUCAAUACCUAGUCUUUGACAUAAUACGCAUCUAAUUGAUAAGUUGAAAUACUGUCGUCACUCAUAUUGCCGAAUGCUGUGGAGAAGCGGAGAGCUCCCAGACAAUGUCGCAUACGUGAUGACACCAGGUCCACCUCGAGGCCACAGGUGGCUGCUGCGAAUGAUACCUUUCCUCCGCUCCUGAUCACUUAUCGCGACCCUCGCUGACCCCUACCUCUCCAUUGUACUGCCUGCCAUCCGGGAGACAAUGGUGGCUUUGUCUUUAAACGAUUGCGGGGGUCAAGGAGACGAUUUGUGUCUCGGGGGCUCUCGUCCCCUUCAAACGGGCGUGUAAUAAGAAUAUGACUGAUGAUGGCCCCGGUGAUAAUGAAAUAAGAACUAAGGAACAGUAGGUCACUCUCACAAUGACCAACCCCCCUCCCCUUUUCUCUUGUCCACCCCUCUUUCUUCUCCUCUCUGACUGUCCACCUCUGUCAUCCCCCCUCCCCCACUUUCCUUGUGUUUCUGACUGUCCCCUACUCUUCUCUCUCCUCUCUGUUACCCCUCUUCCUCCUUUCCUCUUGGGUCUCUGACUGUCACCCCCUCUUCUCUCCUCCUUUCUUCGCUCCUCUCUGGACUGUCAUCCCCUCUUCUCUCCCCCUCUCUUCUGCUCUGGACAGGUGAUCUGUGAGAAGAUCUUCAGGCCCUGGUUCUCUCCCACGCUGCUGGGUGCCAAGGCGGGCCUCCCCCUCCAGGUGGACCUCCAGCGGGCGGUGCAGGAGUGCGCCGAGACGCCCUGGGGAGAGGACGAGGAGCGUGCCCAGGCCGUCCAGAAGCGCCUGCUGCACCUCCUUACGCGCCUUCUCCACCAGGGGACCUCCUCUGAGCGUGGGGGCGCAGAUGGAGAGGGCAUUCACUCCCACACAGCUCUUAACUUCUGAGACAUUGCACUGUUCACCAUCACAAAAACGAUACAGUGAAGAAACCAACUAUAUUGGCUACAUGAGACAGUUAUUUAAAGUGUUUAGAUGUUUUGUGAUGUGGUUCCUGCGGACUGAUACUGGUUGUUGAUGUAACAAAAGAUGCACUGAUGGUGGUAGCACUGACUAUGUGCCUUUAGUACCUACAGUAAGCAGACUAUGGCAGUUUCUGAGGUAGAACUCCAGCAUCUGCCAAUAAUUGGCGAUCUAUCAAGCAAGUAGUUCUUAUUUGAGUCAUCUUUACCUUAAAUAAAUGCAGAUACUUUCUUUGAACCCUUUUGUACAGUCGAUCUAUUACUAUGAUCUCAUGAUGAUCACUUUAAUAAAAAGCUACAGUGAGGGAAAAAAGUAU